UGGGUGAGACCGCUGAGAAAGGACUGCAGACUGAAGAGCGAGGAGGUGCAGUAGCGCUGAGGUGCCGGCAGAGGGAGCCGGCAGAGGGAAGAGAGACCUGUAACCCCGGAGGGGUGAGGUGGGGUGGUAGCCGAAGAAACAAUACCGAGAGAGAGUUGGUCACUGAUAGAAUUAAGUAAGUUAUAGACGGGCGCAAGAGGGGGCCUGGGAUGUGCAGGAGCCUUACUGGGGGAGUUCUGACUAGAUGUCGAGCCUGAGGCAUGAGGAGUGACUGGCACAGAGGGAAUGGAGAUGCCACAGGGUGGCACUGGAAACAGAGGCUCUGGAGCAGGUUUCCAGGCAGAGAAGAGAUGGCCAAGGAAGAGAGGGACCUGGCCUGUGAGGAGGUUGAACCCCCCGACACUGCAGAGGCUCAGUUACAUCCGGUGAUCAAGGCUUUCCUCUGCGGCUCCAUCAGUGGGACCUGCUCCACCCUCCUCUUCCAGCCUCUGGAUCUCCUCAAGACCCGCCUGCAGACCCUGCAGCCCUCAGACCUACGGUCCAGGCGUGUCGGGAUGCUGGCUGUGUUCUUGAAGGUGGUCCGCACAGAAAGUCUUCUGGGCCUCUGGAGAGGGAUGUCUCCUGAUGUCCUGGCUGUCAGCACCCCCGCUCCUCAGUCCAGCUGGUCCCCCAUGUCAGGUCAUCAGUCCAUUGUGAGGUGUGUCCCUGGUGUGGGAAUCUACUUUGGCACUCUGUAUUCUUUGAAGCAGUAUUUCUUGCGAGGCCAUCCUCCUACCGCCCUGGAGUCGGUCAUCCUGGGCAUGGGCUCACGCUCUGUCGCAGGAGUCUGCAUGUCACCCAUCACAGUGAUCAAGACUCGCUAUGAGAGUGGGACUUACAGCUAUGAGAGCGUCUAUGCAGCUCUGAGGAGCAUCUAUUGCAGCGAGGGCCACCGGGGCCUCUUCAGAGGCCUGACAGCGACUCUCCUUCGUGAUGCACCCUUUUCAGGGCUCUACCUGAUGUUUUACAGCCAGACCAAAACCACAGUGCUCCGAGGCACAGACCAGUUGGACGUGGCUCUGAUGCCCCUGGUUAAUUUCAGCUGUGGGAUAUUGGCUGGCGUUCUGGCUUCGCUGGUGACUCAACCUGCAGACGUGAUCAAGACUCAUAUGCAGCUCUCCCCAGUGAAGUCUCAGUGGAUUGGCCAGGCAGCUGCCCUCAUCUUCAAGAACCACGGCCUGCGUGGCUUCUUUCAUGGCAGUGUUCCCCGGGCCCUCCGUAGAACUCUGAUGGCUGCCAUGGCAUGGACUGUCUAUGAAGAAAUGAUGGCCAGGAUGGGCCUGAAGUCCUGACAGGAGAGCGCUGGGAAGGAAGAUCUGCUCUCUUGUCUGGUUCUUGCCGUGGGCCGCUGCAGCUUGCUCUCCUGGAGUCGGGUGAAGGGCUGUCUGAAGAACCAGGCAUAAGUUGCCUUUAGUCCCCCAUUCAGAGAGAGACCAGAGGAGUGACUGGAGCCCUCAGAGCCUCAGACGUGGAGCCGCUGAUGCCCACAGCUCCAGACACGCCCCGUCGAUACACACAGGAGCCAGGAGUCGAGCUUGGUUGUCCCACAAGAGAGGUAUUUCUAGGGAGACCUGUGCCAGGUUCCUCUGUCUCAGCACCUACCUACAUCACAGGGCACCUUAGAUAGCCUGUAGGCGUGGAGUCCCACAGUAGAGAAGUUGUGGGCUUCUACUAUGUCUGAGAGCAGGAGGCUCAAGUUCGGGAAGACUGGAGCUAACGAGAGCUGUUGUGUACCAGUGACGGCUCAGCAGGUAAAGACGUUUGUCAGACGGGCUGCCCGGGAUCCCCAGGACCCAUGGAGGAGGAGGGGGUAGCUCCUGCAAGUUGCCCUCUGACCUCCUCACGCGCACUGUGGCAAGCACCCAUACCCAAUAUGUAAAUAAAAUGUAAUUUUUGUUUUUAAAUAAAGACAUCAGCAGGCUGGA